UUAUAUUUCUCUUGUGCGACAUACACUUUCCUUUUGGGGGAGUAUGCCUGGGGCUUUGUUUUUGUGUGUCACUGUCACAAAUUUUCACAAGUAAAUCCCCAAUCGAUCGUUACGCAUCCAAAUCCGAUCGUUAUGAGCUACGUCCAGACUCUGGUGGACAUGGGCUUCCGACGGGAGCGAGUGGAGUUCGCGCUGCAGGUGACCGGCAGCGAGGGUGUGGAGCCGGCCAUGGAGUGGCUGCUGGCCCAUCUUGACGAGGAGGUUCCGUCCGCAGGAGAGCGUAGAGUCGCAGGGGCAGGGGCAGGGGCGGCACCCUCAGCCAGUGGCAGCCAGGAGGACCCGGCACCCAGCAGCAGCGGCGGGGGCGGAGCCGGCCCUGGGGCGGUGGUCAAGUCGGUCAAAUGCGACGACUGCGGCAAGGUGCUCAAGGAUCACUUGGAAGUCGAAUACCACGCUGCCAAGACCGGCCACAGCAACUUUUCGGAGUCCGCGGUGGAGAAGAAGCCCCUCAGCGACGAGGAGAAGGCGGCCCAGAUGGCCGUCAUCGCGGAGAAGCUCAAGCAGAAGCGCGUCGAGCGGGAGGAGCGUGAGAAGGUGGACGCCCUGGAGCACGAGAGGAACCGCAUCCGGCAGGGCAAGGAAAUGGCCGAGGCCAAGCGUCGCACGGAGGAGACCGAGAUGAAGAAGAUCGUGGAUGAGCGCAGGCGCGAGAAGGAGGAGGACAAGGAGGCCCGCGACCGGGUGCGUGCUCAAAUCGAGGACGACAAGGCCGCCCGCAGGGCCAGAGAGGCUCCACAGAUGCCCAGCAAGGAGCCUGCUCCCUCCGUCAGCUCUCCCAGCGGCGUCAAGUCGUCGCCGCGCGACUACACCGAGACCCGCAUCCAAGUGCGUCUGCAGGACGGCUCCACCCUCACCGAGACCUUCGGCGUGAAGGAGCCGCUGUCGGCCGUGCGCGUGUUCAUCCAAGCGAAGACCGGCAUCGAGACGCCCUUCGCCCUGAUGACCACAUUCCCGCGCAAGCUCUACGCCGAGGAGGACUACGGGCAGCCGCUGGAGGUGCUCGGCCUGGUCCCCACCGCCGUCAUCACCAUGACCAAGGCGGCUGCGUGAAGAGGGCGCGCGCUAUAUUCCCCCCUCCCCCCGAAACACAACACUAUUAUAUUAAAAUUUUGACAGAUCCACUGCAGAAGUGGAGCCUUAAA